AUGAAUGGCGCAGGUACAAUAAGUGGUGCAACCGAUGUAGCUGCUCCUUCUGCUACGUCUUCUGAAAAUUUUCUUCAACCUUUCGCUAUUCCUUCAUCAUCAACUAAAUUUCAGUCUUUUGAUGCUUCUGCCAUUUCAUCUUCACUAACACUAAAUUUGUUACCAUUAAGUGAUUACGCCACAGCAGACAUAUUAGCUAACUGUGCUCGACAAGCUCAACAACUUAAGCAGACUAGGCAUACUCGGAGAUUAGCUCCAAGGUAA